CCGGCAUAGAUUGCCUUUGAUCUUUCAUCAUGACCCUGCUUCCGUCCGCUGAGGAUGGCUAUAUGCCAUACAUGCUCUUACUUACAAGUGCGAUGGCACUACUACAUUCACUCGUCACAUACGUCUAUCCUAUCUCUGCACUCAAACAAUUCUCCGGUGCAUCUGCGCCGGAACCGACAGCGCUCACCGCACACAUUUAUGGUGCCAAGAAUAUCUACACGAGCCUUAUUCGCCUGUACACUGCAUACAACAUGCACACCCCCGAACUUUACAACUUGGCUCUAAUCACGUACGUAGGCGUCUUUUUCUUGUAUGGAACCGAAUACCUCAUCUGGCGUACUGUUCGCAUGCGAGAAUCGGCAUUGUCGUUCCUAAUAUCGGGUGGAAUGAUAAUUUGA